AUGCGACCUCGAGUACAGACCCCUGCUUUGCGCCUGCUCACUCCACGAUCAUUUGCAACCAUUGGAAGUAGACGAUCACUAUGCAGCCAGUGUCUUCAGAGGCAAUUCCGACAACGCGCGCCCGUUGUGCCUGGUCAUACGUCCAUCCUGGGUUCUGCCGCUCGCCAAUCUGCACAAGCACGACUUUAUUCGCGCAGUAGAUCGUUUGCAACAGUGACCCAUGGCAUCGCUGAGGAAGCAAGAGCACCUGAUGAUCACGGACCCAUACAAGAAUAUGACAGGCGCGUCGCCGAGGGCCGCCUGCGUGAAGACGAGCACCAGCGUGGUAUUAUUCAGAGCCUACAGCACCUACACGACGAACUCGUCCACUAUAAAGCGAAACCAGUUGUGCACCCGACAUUGGAAUCGUUGAAACCCUCAAAGUCGUUGUUCGGAUGGUUUGGGUCAAAGGGAGGGCAGAGCCCCAUACGAGAUAUACCAGCCGACCUGCCUCGGGGGCUUUACCUCUACGGUGAUGUGGGCAGCGGCAAGACGAUGCUCAUGGAUCUCUUUUACGACACGCUGCCAAAGUCUGUCAAGUCCAAGACAAGGAUACACUUCCACAACUUUAUGCAAGAUGUACACAAGAGGCUUCACAAAAUCAAGAUGGAGCAUGGAAACGACAUCGAUGCAGUGCCCUUUGUUGCCGCCGACAUCGCGGAGCAAGCGAAUGUCCUCUGCUUCGACGAGUUUCAGUGCACCGAUGUGGCAGAUGCCAUGAUCUUGCGGAGGCUGCUCGAGUCUCUCAUGUCGCACGGAGUGGUACUCGUCACCACUUCGAAUCGAGUCCCCGACGAACUGUACAAGAAUGGCAUCCAGCGGGAGUCAUUUAUUCCAGCCAUCAAUCUGCUCAAGGCGCGACUGCAUGUCAUCAAUCUGGACUCGCCUACCGACUAUCGAAAGAUUCCCCGGCCACCAUCAGGGGUCUACCACACCCCUCUCGACGCACAUGCUGCAUCACACGCCGAAAAGUGGUUUCGAUUCCUUGGUGAUCCCGAAUCGCCAGAGCCACACUCGGAGGUACAGUCGGUUUGGGGUCGUGAGAUAUUUGUCCCGCGAGUCAGUGGCAGAUGCGCUUGGUUUACCUUUAAAGAACUGCUAGGAAAAGCUACUGGCGCUGCUGAUUAUAUCGAGUUGACACGCAACUAUGAUGCAUUUAUCGUCACAGAAGUGCCUGGAAUGACCUACCGCGAACGCGACAUUGCUCGACGUUUCAUAACUUUUCUAGAUGCUGUCUACGAGGCGCAUGCCAAGCUCGUAUUGACCACGGAAAAGCCCCUUACACAACUUUUCCUCUCGGCCCAGGAGUUGGAAGAGUCGCUGGAGAAGGAGGGCGGCGCCACCUCGGAUAAAACGUCCAAGAGCGAGGCGGUGAAAGACGCCAUGGAGGAUGUGAACAGCAACAUUGAGCAAUUGAAGGAGGCCAAUGUUUUCUCGGGCGACGAGGAAAGAUUUGCCUUCAUCAGAGCUCUCUCCCGUCUAACAGAGAUGGGAAGCAAGGAAUGGGUCGAAAGAGGUAUGGGGCUGGAAAACUUGGGUGGCAAAAAGGAGCGUGACGAUUGGGCGAAGGUACGAAGCAGACAUAUGGAAGACAGCAUGUAA